GUAGCUCUCAAUGUACCUAGUAGACCUCCUGAUGCUGUACUUAGAGAUACCACCUCACUUAAUCAGGCUGCUUUGUAUCGCCUCAGUGGAGACUGGAAUCCCUUACACAUUGACCCUAACUUUGCUAGCCUUGCAGGCUUUGAAAAGCCCAUAUUACACGGAUUAUGUACCUUUGGAUUUUCUGCCAGGCAUGUUUUACGGCAGUUUGCGGAUAAUGAUGUGUCAAGGUUCAAGGCAAUUAAGACUCGUUUUGCAAAACCAGUAUAUCCGGGACAAACUCUACAAACUGAAAUGUGGAAGGAAGGAAACAGGAUUCAUUUUCAAACUAAGGUCCAAGAAACUGGAGACAUUGUCAUUUCAAAUGCAUAUGUGGAUCUUGUGCCCAAAUUAGAUAUUUCAACUAAGACACCCUCUGAGGGUGGAGAGCUUCAAAGUACUCUUGUGUUUGAGGAAAUAGGUCGGCGCCUUAAGGAAGUUGGGCGUGAGGUGGUAAAGAAAGUAAAAGCUGUAUUUGAGUGGCAUAUCACUAAAGGUGGAGACAUUGCAGCUAAGUGGACAAUUGACCUGAAAAAUGAAUCUGGAAAAGUAUACAAAGGCCCUGCAAAAGGCUGUGCUGAUACGACUAUCAUAAUUUCAGAUGAUGAUUUCAUGCAGGUAGUUCUGGGCAAGCUUGACCCUCAGAAGGCAUUCUUUAGUGGCCGACUGAAGGCCAGAGGGAAUAUCAUGCUGAGCCAGAGACUCCAGAUGAUUCUUAAAGACUAUGCCAAGCUCUGAGGGGCAUACUGCAUUAGUAAUAAAAAUAGAAUAAUUAGAUACUUUCUUCAUUCAAGUAUUAUUUGAUUAUUCUGCAAAAAUGAUCAAAACUAAGAUAUGGAAGAUGCUUAACAUUUUCAGAUUUUCAAUUUCUACUAAUUUUGCACAUAUUAUUUUUACAAGGAACAAUAAGCUAGCUUAUAAUUAUUUCUGUUCUUCGAACUGUAUCUUGAUAAUAAAAAAAUUUCACUCAAGUCCAUUUUCUUUAGAAUUUGGGAUAGCAUUUAUAAGUUGAAAGAAAAAAUUAAGUGAAUAAAAGCUACUGUGAUCUCUUUUACACUUA